UUCUUCCCCACUUCCGCAUAUCGACGGGAGCGGAGCGGAGCAUGGCGGCGGCUCGAGCGGAACCACCGACGGGAACAUUCCGCCACCGACCCGAGCUCAGCGGCCGUUAACGACACCUCACCACACACACACACACACACGCACACGCACUGGACUUUCUUGUUAACUGAUUGAACAGCCUCACAGUGAGCGCAUCAUGGUGGAUGUAACCCAAUGGCCCCUUUUCAGCCUGAUGGGGCCUCACGAGCUCGCCACGAUACAGAAAGCAUGCGUGUUUGGAACGUCCGCUAAUGAGGCCAUCUACAUCACCAAUGACGAUGAGGUGUAUGUGUUUGGGUUGAACUGCAGCAACUGCCUGGGCACGGGGGACAGCCAGAGCACCAUUGUGCCCAAGAAGCUGGACUUCCUGAGUGGGAGGAAGGUGGUCAGUCUGAGCUACGGCAGCGGACCCCACAUCCUGCUGGCCACAGAGGACGGGGAGCUGUUUGCCUGGGGACACAAUGGCUACAGCCAACUUGGAAAUGGGACGACCAACCAAGGAGUCGCUCCCGUGCUCGUGUCCGCCAACCUGCUCAAUAAGAAGGUCACAGAGGUCGCCUGUGGCUCGCACCACUCGAUGGCUCUGACAGACUCAGGGGAAGUGUACGCAUGGGGCUACAACAACUGUGGUCAGGUGGGCUCCGGCUCCACGGCGAACCAGCCGACCCCCCGCAGAGUGACCAGCUGCCUGCAGAGCAAGGUGGCAGUCAGCAUCGUCUGUGGUCAGACCUCGUCUCUGGCCGUAGUGGACAACGGAGAGGUGUACGGUUGGGGCUAUAACGGGAACGGACAACUUGGACUCGGGAAUAACGGGAACCAGCUCACCCCCUGUCGACUUAUGGCACUGCAGGGUUUAUGUGUGCAGCAGAUUGUCUCAGGCUAUGCCCACUCCCUGGCUCUGACAGAUGAGGGGUUGCUCUAUGCGUGGGGCGCCAACACAUACGGACAACUGGGCACCGGCAACAAGAGCAACCAGCUGAGCCCGGUUCAGAUCAUGAGUGAGAAAGAGAGAAUUAUAGAGAUCGCUGCCUGUCACUCCACACACACGUCGGCAGCUAAGACACAAAGUGGUCAGGUGUACAUGUGGGGCCAGUGUAGGGGUCAGUCCUUAGUGCUGCCUCACCUCACGCACUUCACCUGCACCGACGACGUGUUUGCAUGCUUUGCCACGCCCUCUGUCAUGUGGAGGCUUCUUUCCAUUGAGCACGACGACUUCUUGACCGUAGCUCAGUGUCUGAAGAAAGAGUUUGACAACCCGGAGACAGCCGACCUCAAGUUCUGCAUUGAUGGCAAAUACAUCUAUGUCCACAAAGCAGUUCUCAAAAUCAGGUGUGAACACUUCCGAUCCAUGUUCCAGUCCCACUGGAACGAAGACCUGAAGGAGGUGAUUGAAAUCGACCAGUUCUCGUACCCGGUCUACCGCUCCUUCCUGGAGUUCCUCUACACGGACAAUGUGGAGCUGCCUCCUGAAGACGCUAUUGGGCUGCUGGAUCUGGCGACGUCGUAUUGUGAGAACCGCCUGAAACGACUUUGUCAGCACAUAAUCAAGAGAGGAAUCACCGUCGAGAACGCCUUCUCCCUGCUGUCGGCCGCUGUGCGCUACGAUGCAGAGGACCUGGAGGAGUUCUGCUUCAAGUUCUGCGUGAACCACCUGACCGAGGUGACCCAGACCACUGCGUUCUGGCAGAUUGACGGCAACCUGCUCAAAGAUUUCAUCUGCCGAGCGAGCCGCUGCGGAGCCUUCAAGAGCUGAUCUCCAUCCGUGGUUACGACGGCAACAGACGGAGCGGAGGCCGUGGGACGCCGCCGAAGUGAAUUCUCAGAGGAUGUCGUCGGCUCCGCGUUACCUUCGCUGACAGGUGGUUUACACAGUGGAGAUCUGUAGAUAAUCACCACCGCUGUCGAAUCUGUUAUUCCUCUGGUUCCAGACGAGAACCAGUUUGUACAUAACGUGAGCUGCACUUACUUCAACUGACCGGACGGAGCUGACAGGUAGUUACAGUUGGCGUUCGCCUCAGUGAUACUGCCUACACGUUUACACAUGUUGUGUAAUGGAGGACACAUUGUUGCUUGACGUAGUUGUUUCUUGACUUUCUUGAGAUUUUUGCCAGUUGCCUUUUAUCAAUUAACUUUUUCUAUUUUUCCUGUUGAAUUGACCAAGAUACUGCUUCAUGUUCUUUUAUUAGAGGACCUGGUUGUAUCAUUUGGACUCGUGGUUUUUCAGGUUGAGGUUUUGCACUUUCCAGAUGUCAGGACAGAAUUAGUAUAUUUGAAGACAAAUCUAGAAAACGCACUCGGGCGUCCAAGGCUCGAUUAAAGUCUGUGUAGGUCAAACUUCAGUCAGUGUUUAUUUGUCCCAGUUUUUUCCUCAGCUGAGUUUAGCUCCUUUGUCUAGUUUGUAAUUUGACCCAAAGAUCAGAUUACAGAGUGCGAUUCCGAACAAAGUGAUUCAGGGCCCAAACAUACAACCGACGCAAGGGACACUGAGCACGGCGCGGGUGUCUUUGUUAGUUUCAGACCAACACAGAUCUCGUUUUCCUUUCCAGAGCCCACGUUGUUUAAACAGCAAAUGCUCUUAAGCCCCUAAGAGCACGUUGGUCUUAAACUGAGCUUAAACUGCACGUCACACACACACACAUUUGCUUUGCAAAGUGAAGCUGUUUCCUGUGCAGAAAAGUUUCCUCUCUCACUCACUACCUGGUAAACCUGCAAUGGUUCAGCUCACCUGGCUUCGAGAGGGAAGGUGGGAGGUGGCACUUUGAUUGGUCAAUCGAACGUUGUGCUCAAAACACGACCACGAUAAAGAGACUUGAGUAUAAGUGGUUCUGGACUAAAUGGACUUUGCUCCAGAUACCUCGCACAGAGUUCUUACAUCGUUAAAAUGUUCUUAAACUGUGGAUUUCAUUUAAAAUUUAUGGAUUGCAUAGGUUAGAAAGUGUUUAUUAUUUUUUUGCAGCUAUUCCGUUUGGUUUUAUUACACAAACCCGUCAACUGAAGGUCGCCCGGUUUCCAGCCGUAACAAAUGUACGGAGCCGUUAAAAACCAGUUUGAGACUUGAGGCCUUUUCAGAAGCCUCAGCUGAGCCUGGACACAGAUUCUGAGGAUCUGCUGGGUGAUGAAAACAAUAUUAACAUUAAUUACAUCGUUUAGUGACAUUUGCACUACUGCUGCGAGUAUUCCGAAGAACAUUUUUGAAAUUGCUCAUUUCUAUGCAGGACAUUUCUAAUUUAAAAUCAAUAACAAAGUUUUAUUGAUUGAUCCUGAGAAUUAUGAAGUGCCAGUGACUUUUUGUGACCUCUGCAAAAUAAAUGAAUAAAAAUA